UUCAGAAACUCAAGGGUGAUUACGGCAAGCUGUGCUAUAUUAAGAUCUUUGGCUCAGAUAAGAGUAUACAGAUUGCUCAAAACUUUGUUUCUGAUCUUAUUGUUCUGGUCAUCUCCUCAUGCCAUAAGCCAUGCUCAGAGUUCCCAAGACAUAGACUAUUUGAAGAUUUUUUUUAUUUCGCAAUAUUUAUCAAGCUUCAGUGGGAAUAAACCCUUGGUCUCUUUAUUCAGAGAGCUAUAUUCUUCAGCUGAAAGCAUUAUUUUACAGAUGUAAUUGAAAUCCCAAGUCAGUUGAUUUUGAAUCAGUCAAAACAGAGAUUAUCCGGGGGAGGUAAGGAUAUUAUUUGGAAUAGGACCCUCCCUAAGAUAAGAAAGCUUCUUCUUUUGGCCUUGAAGAAGUAAGCUGUAUGUCUUCAGAGAGCGUGGGAAACAACCAUGUGGCAAGGAACUGCCAGCAGCCUCGCGGAUCUGAAAUAGCUCCAAGUGACCAUCAGGAAAGGAGGGAAACCUCACUCCUACAACUGCAAGGAACUGCAAUCACAUGCUUGGAAGAUCCAGAAAGGAAUGUAGCCAGGCUGACACUGUGAUUGCAGCCUGGCAGAGGACCCAGUGAAGCAGUGCCUGAACUCCUGACCCACAGACACUAUGAGAUGUACCAAAAAAAAAAAAAGUCCCAUCAUGACUCAGGGGAAAGGAAUAUGAUUAGCAUCCAUGAGGACACAGGUUCCAUCCCUGACCUCACUCAGUGGGUUAAGGACCUGGUGUUGCCAUGAGCUGUGGUGUAGGUCACAGAUGAGGCUUGGAUCUGGUGUUGCUAUGGUUGUGGCAUAGGCUGGCAGCUACAGCUCAGAUUCAACCCCUAGCCUGGGAAUCUCCACAUGCCACAAGUGGGGCUUUGAAAAAAAAAUUAAUAAUAAGGUUGCUUUUUAAGCUGAUAGAUUUGUAGUGACUUGUUCUACGGCAAUAGAAAAAAAUAAUAGACCUUGCAUUCCAUAAUUUUUGCAUGGCCUCACACGGGCCCUGUUAGUCUUCAGAUCGUCUAGUGCAGUGGUUCUCAAAUUUCAGUGUUCCUUGAAAUCAACUAAAGGACUGUUAGAACAAAGACUGCGGAACCCCAACCUUAGAGAUUCUUUUAUUUAUUUAUUUACUUAAAUUUUUUACAGUCGCACCUAUGGCAUAUGGAAAUUUCCGGGCUAGGGUAAAAUUGGAGCUACAGAGGCUGUGCUUGGUAACACCAGAUCCAAGCCGCAUCUGCGACCUAUGCUUAUGGCAAUACAAGAUGAGUAACCCACUGAGCUAGGCCAGGGAUGGAACCCAUAUCCUCACUAUGUUGGGUUCUUAACCCACUGAGCCACAACGGGAACUCCAGAAAUUCUAAUUCAGUAGUUACAGAGUGAGGUCCACAAUUGUGUGACUCUAACAACAUCCGAGGUGACGCCAGCACUUUUGGUCUAGAAACCCUGCUUGGAGCAUCCCAGGCCUCCCAUGACUAUGCUACUUCUAUGCACUUUGCAUGUCCUGAGUAGCAAAAUAACAUGAGAACAUAAGCAUCUGGUUGAAGCAAAUGGUUGGCUUCCUUUCAUAUUAGAGGAAUUUGUAAAAGAAAAAGAGAGAGGAAGAUCUUACUAAAUAAUGUUCAUUAACCUUAACGCCUGAUUUUCGUUAAAGUGUCUGAUACUUAUUACUCCUGGGGCAGGUGAGCAAAUGCUUAUUUCCAGAGAUGCACUAAUACAUUACUUUUCUCAUAUGAUAAUUUACAUUCCUGUUUCUCUGUAGUAAUUUCAAGAGUGGGCUGAUUCAUAGCCGAAAUUGUUAGAAUGCCAUAAACCAAUAUUUACACUUGAAAUUGUUAAAAGGCCAUAUUCGAUACACUAAGAGGGCUCAAUAAAUUUAAAGUGAACUGCUAAUUAUGGAUUAAGUUCAUAAUAUCCCUGUUGUCACUACCUAAACAAUUUAAUACACACAUUUUUUAAAAGAAUUACAACUACUCAUAAUAAUAUCAUCAGGGAGCCCCGAAUGUGCUAUUCAUCUGUUCUAGUAUUAAGUUUCAUAGCUGGACCAAUACACCAUGGAUCUAAAAGACACUAUACACAUCAAGAAACAUAGACUUUUUACGUUUGAUGUUCCAACUUGUUUAAAUGUAAAAAUCACCACCUUUUGUCUUCAUUUUCUAUAAAGGACUUUUUUCUUUCUUUUUUUAUUUUGACAGAAGUUCCUCUUUCUAUGCUAGCAGCUUCCAGGUAACUGUGGCAUGGGAAGAACUACAUCAUUUAAUGAUCAGUCAUAACAGAGAGAUAUUUAUAACAUUUUUCAUGUCAUUGCUCCUGUGCCCUUCCCAACACACACUCUGAGAAUUGUAAUUAAUUCUUGAAAUCCUAAAGGAACUACCUUCAAUUCUUAUACUGGGCUUUAAAAUACAUUUUUAAACAACAGACCUCCAAAUUAAAGAGGAAAAGAUAUUAGAAAUAAGUAUCUGUGGGAAGAAAUCACAUAGAAUCCAAGAUAAAAUAAUACAGGAAAGAAAGUUGAGAGUUAAAAGUGGUAUUAUUGGAGUUCCUAUGACAGCUCAGUGGUAACAAAACCGACCAGGAUCCAUGAGGAUGCAGGUUCGAUCCCUGGCCUUGCUCAUUGGGUUAAACAUCCAAUGUUGCCAUGAGCUGCAGUGUAGGUCGCAGAUGCGGCUUGGAUCCCUAGUUGCUGUGGCUGUGGUGCAGGCCUACACAGCUCCAAUUCGACCCCUCACCUGGAAGUUCCAUAUGGCCUGGGUGCGGCCAUUAAAAAGAAAAAAAAAAAAAAGUGGCAUAAUAAUGUAGCACCCAUGCCAUAUGGAAGUUCCCAGGCCAGGGAUCUAAUCCAAGCCACAGCCGUGACCUAAACCAUAGUUGUGGUAAUGCUGGAUCCUUAACCAGCUGUGCCACAGCAGGAACUCCAUAUUAUACAAUUUUAAUACAUAUUUGCUUAUACAUAUUUGUAUUCUACUAUUUGCUUAAGUAAGAAAGAAAGAAAAAUAGAUACUAUAACAUUAACACAAAAGUAUAAGCUCCUUGGAGUAAGGAUUUUUGUCUUUGUUUAUUGACUGAUCCUCUGUUUCUCAAAUACUUAGUGUAGAGUAGAAGUCCAGAAUGUUUGUUGAAUGAAUGAAUGGUUGGAUAAGUGCAUGAAUGUGUGUGAUGCAAAAACUAACCAUGGUUCUUCCAGUCAUGCAAAACACAUAUGUUAUCCUGUGUGUAUUCAAGCCUGCCAAUCUGGAAUAUGGAAAUGGUUCAGAUUCUAGCACAAUGUGCUAAAAUCUCAAUAUUAAAGUGAAAAAAAAAUCUAGGUGUUGAAACAUCCAUCGUUUGGCAUAGAAAAGCCACCUAUCUAAAUAGCUCUGGUACAAUGGGAUAAGCAAAAAAAGAGUCACAUAUAAGGAGCGCAGGGCCCGAGACCGGUUGAAAAAGCUACUAAAAAAUGGUAACAUCUAAAAAAUAAAUAAAUAAAAAAUGAUAACAUCUAAGCACUAUCCAAAAAGAUGAGUGAGAGGACAAAGGAGUACCACAUCCAAAGCCAAGGUACAAAAAUGUCAAAGUUCACAGUGCUUUUAGAGAAUAGUAAGUUGUGGAUUUCAAACUUUUAACUGUAACCUGUAGCAAGAAAUACACAUAUAGUACAUUUAACUGAAACAAAACACAUAUAGUACAUUUAACUGAAACAAGUUUCAUGAAAUAAUACUCACCUUUACUCAUUCGAUGUACCUGGAUUUUUUUUUAUUUUUUAUUAUUAAUAUUAUUAUUAUUGGUAAUGUUGGUGAAGCCAUAUUAAAUCAGUUUCAAGAUCCAUUUGUUUGAAAAACAUUGGGUUUGCACAUUUAAUAGAUGUGGCGAGUAAGCCACUGACAGGAAAAUACAAAGAACGCUCCUCCAGCACAGCUCCAAUUCUUCUCCCAUCCAGGUGUUUUGCUGCUGAGCUGCAAUGUUAAGGGAAAGACUAUGAUAUGGUCCCUUUUUUUACUUAAAACAACUUAGUGUGGUAGAAAAGGGUAAAGGAAUCUCUGUAUGUAUCAAGCCAGAGGGCAGGAAGGGAGAGUGCCACAGGUCAUUUUGUCUCUAAUCUAGGCAUAAUAUUUUGCCCUUACCAUUAUUCUAUCUAAAAAGGUUAAGAGAGUUUGGAAAUGAAAUCAUUUCUCAUCUGGGAGCAUCCUAAAUUAGAUCUAUAUCUGAAUUUAUCUCAGAGUUCAAAAGAGUCAAAUUGCCAUACUGAACUACAAAAAGCAAAACUCUCAUCUUCUUCUCCAAAUGAUCAUUUGUUUCCACAACAGCCUUCACUGAAGGCUAUUAAACACUCUGUACAUGCCAGGUUCUGUUCUGGUGCUAGGAACUACAAUAGUGGGGAAACAAAAGUCCAGAUCUAUUUUACAGAAAACAAAUAGACAAGUAAAUUAAACACAUCCAGCUAAUCAUAAAGGAUAUGAAGGAAAUAAACAGUGUCUUGGGUUAGAAAGUAGUAUUUAAAGUAGCCAGAGGACAACUUUCUUAGGAGGUAAUAUUUAAGUUGAGACCUGACAGACAACAAGGAGCCACUGAAGUGAAGGACUAAGAAAAAUAGUUUUCGGGACCCUAGAAGAGCACAAGUGAAGACCUAAGACAGGAGAAGGGUGUGUUAUUCAAGACCAGUAUAUUUUGAGCCCAAUGAGGAACUGGGGAGAGGAGCAUGAGAUAAGAUGGAAAGUUACUGCAACUUAUGGGACUGUUUCAGUCACUGGAAUAAGAACUUGAAGAUUGAUAUGACAUGAUCUAAUUUAGAUUUUUAAAAGCUCAUUCGUAUAGCUCUGUGGAGAACAGGGUAUGGCUAGAAGCUGAGAGAUCUUUUAAAAAACUGAUUUCCACACAAGCAAAGAUGGAAAAAUUAAGACUUGGGUGUAGGUAGUGGAGGAGAAAAGAAGAUGGACUCAUUUACUUUGAAAGCUUUAUUCAUAAUUUUCUUAAAUGAGACCACGAAUAAGUGAACUGGGAAAUUAGGUAGAGGAGUGAAUGCAUUUGAAAGAGGAAGGAAAAGAUUUUGAGGAGGAAAAGGAUGGGAGAAGUAGACACUAAGUAACAGCCAGAAGUAAUAUAUUAGUCAACAUUUCCAACUCUAAUUCCAUGUCCUGCUCUGGGCCUCUAUUUUCUUAAAAGGAAGACAGUAAACUGGGCAGAGAGGAAAUGGUCUGAGGAUUUUUAGCCUUAAGUAGUUGAGGACAGGCCACUAGGAAAAAAAAAAAAAAAAAAAAACCCGAUAACUUACCCAAUGAAAAUAAUGAAGCCAAAUUUUUAACUAAGAUCAUUUCCCUGAGAAACAGUUUUCCCUCGGCUGCACAAAUUCCCUGGGUAGCUUUUAAAAUUAUAUGCACAGGCUCCACUGGCUUGGUUCUGAUUUAAUUAGUUUGAGGUGGGACACAGGCAUUGGUAUUUUUGAAAAGCUCCACAGAGGAUUCUAAUGAGCAGCCAGGGUUGAGAGCCCAGAGUUAGAAGGAUAGCUGAAGAUGUCAGGUCAAUAAGCCUAUUUCAUUCAAUGACAGAUGAACCCAGAGAAUGGAGUGAAGAAUUUUCCCCCUGAGAAGGAAUACAGACCCACUGGUUACACAGACAUAGUUUGAGACUACAACAAAACAAAAGUCAAGUUUCUGCAGGUUUUUUUUUUUUUUUAAGAUGGGAAAAAUUUUUCUCACCUUACUACGUGAAGAACACAGAUACCCAUGUAAGCAUCACCUGUAUUUUAAACUGUAUUGUAUUUCCACUAUGAACAACCAAGAGGGACGAGAUUAACACCUGACAGUUGACUGAAAGGAAAUGGAAAAGGAAGAGGGGAGGACUAAUUUUGUCCAAAAGGAGACGCACAGGAAAAAGUGAGUUGCAGCAGAAAGACGAUCACAAGGGAUGAAGGACUCCAUUACUUGAUUAUCACAAUACACCUAGCAGUGAGCUUCACUGCAGCCUUUCAACUGCUCCUUAGCCUAAACCUUUCCAGUAUUUAACUCUCGAAUGAGCCACAGAAUUACCAGAGCAGGACGAAGCGCCAAGCAACUAUUGUCCAGUAAUAGAGACGAGAAACUUAAUUUUUCAACUGCUUUGAAGAUUCUUUGUUGCUGGUGGGUGAAAGGGUAAUUAAUGAAAGGCAAGAGUAGUUCUAUAAUUUGCCCUAAUCGUUCCAUUAAUUUGUGGUCUCACUGGAAUCCGAACCAGGGUUUUACAGUGAGGUUUUUACUCUGUUUGUUCCAUUUACACCCUCUUUGCAUUCUAGAAACUCCACUGAAAACCGAGAAGAAAAACAUGUAGGGCAAUUCCUAAAUCUCUACGUUUGGAGAGCUUUUGGAACUGCGACUGUCUGGGUGAGGCGGUAACGUGUGAACGGUGCCGCCCAAAUAACUCUGUGUAAUAAAAAAUCUGGGAGUUGAGCAGACAUGACAAAACAUGGAUUUUUAGGUUUAAGUGGGCGUGUCCACUUCGGGAAGUGAAUGAAAGAAAAGACAAUCGAGGCUCUAAGGGAAGGAGGAGGAAUGUACAGAAUCACAGAAAGUGGGCGCAGGGGAUGAGAGAGGGUCUCCAGGACGCCAAAGACGCAAGUAAAAUAGUAGAGUGCACCUCGGAGGCAGCGGGCGGGAACUCGCCGGCACUGCGGGUAGCAGUGGGCAGAGCGCGCGCGUACUACAAGUACCAGAAGCCCUUGCUCCCCGGAGCCCGCGCCGCGUCGCGCAACGCCUGCCGGGAGCCGGCCGGAGCCUCCAAGAUGUCGCAGCCCAAGAAAAGAAAGCUUGAGUCGGGGGGCGGCGGCGAAGGAGGGGAGGGAACUGAAGAGGAAGAUGGCGGAGAGCAGGAGGCGGCUCUGCCGCGACCCCGGAGGACUAGGCGGGAGCGGGACCAGCUAUACUACGAGUGCUACUCGGACGUGUCGGUCCACGAGGAGAUGAUUGCCGACCGCGUCCGCACCGAUGCCUACCGCCUGGGCAUCCUGCGGAACUGGGCAGCGCUGCGGGGCAAGACCGUGCUGGACGUGGGCGCGGGCACCGGCAUUCUCAGCAUCUUCUGUGCCCAGGCCGGGGCCCGACGCGUGUACGCGGUGGAGGCCAGCGACAUCUGGCAACAGGCCCGGGAGGUGGUGCGGCUCAACGGGCUGGAGGACCGCGUACAUGUUCUGCCGGGACCGGUGGAGACGGUGGAGUUGCCUGAGCAGGUGGAUGCCAUCGUGAGCGAGUGGAUGGGCUACGGACUCCUGCACGAGUCUAUGCUGAGCUCUGUGCUCCACGCGCGGACCAAGUGGCUGAAGGAGGGCGGUCUUCUUCUGCCGGCUUCCGCCGAGCUCUUCGUGGCGCCCAUUUGCGACCAGAUGCUGGAGUUGCGUCUAAGCUUCUGGAGCCAGAUGAAGCAGCUCUACGGGGUGGACAUGAGCUGCCUGGAGAGCUUCGCCACGCGCUGCCUCAUGGGCCACUCAGAAAUCGUGGUGCAAGGCCUGUCUGGCGAGGAUGUGCUGGCCCGGCCGCAGUGCUUUGCUCAGUUGGACCUGGCCCGCGCGGGUCUGGAGCAGGAGCUGGAGGCAGGGGUGGGCGGGCGCUUCCGCUUCAGCAGCUACGGCUCGGCUCACAUGCACGGCUUUGCCAUCUGGUUCCAGGUGACCUUCCCCAGUGGGGACUUGGAGAAACCCCUGGUGCUGUCCACCUCGCCUUUUCACCCGGUCACGCACUGGAAGCAGGCACUCCUCUACCUGAACGAGCCCGUGCAAGUGGAGCAAGAUACGGACGUUUCCGGAGAGAUUACGCUCCUGCCCUCCCAGGACAACCACCGUCACCUGCGCGUGCUGCUGCGCUACAAAGUGGGCGACCAGGAGGAAAAGACCAAAGACUUUGCCAUGGAGGACUGAGCGUGGCCUUUUCUCCCAGCUACCUUCCGAGGCGGCCAGACCUGCUCGGUAGAGGCGGAGGGGGGUCGGAGGAGAAAGGCAGAUCUCUCCUGCAAGUACUUGUUUGACAGUGUCAGCAUGGCUUAUCUGACGAGCAAUGUAUGAUCCUGGAACCAGAUGAUCCAAAGGAAGCCCAAGCCCUUUGAAGUGAGGAUACUUCCAGAAGGAUGAGUUUGUGAGAUGCACCAGCAUCCAGGCACUGUCCAAGCUCCGUUUGAACUGAUCCUGAUCCUUUAGGGCCAUCUGGGCCACAGGAAGGAACUAACAGCCCUAAGGAGAGAAAAACAUGGUGAAGUUCUACCUGCUUUAUUCAAACGGCUUUAUUUAGCACUGUGGAACUUUCCAAAUGUUUCCAUUAACUCACUGGAAAACGGACAUUUUAUUGAGGAUACAAUACAUCACAAGCACUUAGGAUACAAACCAAUAAAACAUAGUUUCUCCCUCCAAAUAGCUGUGUUCACAGGACCAACCAGAAAGUGAAAUAAAUAAACAAUAAUGGGCAAAAGACCGGUGGUGUAGGUGGGGGGGGGGGGCAGGUAAUUAUCUUCCCUUUACCUAGAAGGAAGAGGGUUACACAGAUUGUAAUGGAUUUGCCUAAGGUUACAGAGCUAGUUAUUGACAACUGAACACAGGUCUUUCAAUUCCUAACCCCAAAUAACCCCUUAGUUUAAGGAAGUUUCCUUGGAGAUCUGUCUCAUAGGCAUCAUAUAGCCACCUUCAAUAUAUACGGUCUUCAGGCUGACAGAUAUUAGGCACUCAUGAAGCUUUCCCUGUUCCCAUUUUCCUAACAGCUAAUCAAAUGUGGCACUUUGUGAGGCCCCCAAGAAACUGAAUCCUCAACACAGCAGAGGUAGACAAACUGCCAUUCUGCUUGCUGCCAGGUAAGAGCAGAGAAACAGUCGACCUGGUGGUUAUUCACGUACUGAUGUAAUAAACACCAACAGUUAAGCUCUAUGUAAAAUAAUCAGAAAAUCCUACUCUCAAAAAACUGGAGUACAGUAGAGGGAUAGAAGUACCUACACCAAUAAUUUGCAUUCAUUCUUUAGCCUGGAAAGCUUUCAUUCCAACUAAAUCUUAGCCCUGCUGAAGCAAGGAUGAGAAGCCACCCUUCCUAACAAUUCCAUUCUUAAAAUUUUGCCCAAGUGCGAAAAUGUUCCUUAUCAUCACAUAGAUUGUGAACUCCUCAGAGAAAAACUUAUUUUACGGUGUUCUAAAAAUAAAUCUCUGUCCUUUAUAGAGCUUGUUUGUUUUAGCUAAUAGACACAAUGUAUUAGGUAGGUGACCCUUCUCACACUGGCUACUUAAGCCAAAUUUAUGGCUCAUUUAUGCUUUUUUGUUGUUGUUAGCUUUAUAUCUGGCUUCAUUGCCAUAACCCAAUUUUUCCUUGACUUAUCCCUCUCAUAAUAAAUACUAUUGUUUUGUUGGAA